GCCUAUUAUCCUCUAAUCUAAUCUAUGUAUUCCAUAUCAGAUCUCUGCACCGUCCCCCUCCCAUUCUCAAUAGAAACAAUAGUCUCCACCUCUCGACUGCAACCCCCCCUUCCCUUGUGCGCUCUCUCUUUCUCUCUCUCGCUCGCUCUUGCUAGCUCGCUCGCUCGCUCUCUCGAAGUCCGUGGGAUCCCCAAUCGAUCCCCUCCGCUCAUUCCUUGCAUUGCCUUCUCCUCACUGGAACCUGUUGACGGGAUCUGCACCCAGCACAGCCGACUAUUCCUCCAAUGACUGUCCGCCGUGGAGAUCGUGCAUCAGUUCCUAUCCGAGAGCACAUGGCCAUCGAUGUGUCCCCAGGACCGAUACGGCCCAUUGCCCAAAUCUCAGCUUAUUUUCCGCAUCCUGGGCUGGAAGGAGUGCUGACGACACAAGAUAGGAUGAGGGGUGAAGGAACAACUGUACCCCCAGGAACUGGGGAAGGAGACUCUACUGAAGGAUAUGAUUCAGAUGAGAACACAUCACUUGGGACUCUUGAAUUUGAUAUUCUCUAUGAUCCAGAAAGCUGCACCCUUGAUUGCACCAUCCUACGAGCCAAGGGACUGAAGCCAAUGGAUUUUAAUGGCCUGGCUGACCCUUAUGUCAAACUACAUCUCCUUCCAGGUGCUUGUAAGGCCAACAAACUGAAGACCCGCACUCAGCACAACACUCUGAACCCUGUGUGGAACGAGGUCCUCAUCUACAAUGGGAUAACCGCAGAGGACAUGGCUCGGAAAACCCUGCGAAUCACUGUCUGUGAUGAGGAUAAACUGACCCACAAUGAGUUCAUCGGAGAGACGCGGGUGCCACUGAGACGCCUGCGCCCUGGCCAAAAGAGACACUUCAACCUGUGUUUAGAACGGCAACAACCGCUGGCAUCCCCUUCUUCUAUGACUGCCGCCCUGCGUGGAAUCUCCUGCUAUCUGAGAGAGUUGGAACCCCCAGCUGGCUGGGCCCUGGAAGAAAGGGGUCGCAUCCUGCUCGCCCUCACAUACAUCUCCGAACGUCAUGGAUUACUGGUGUCUAUUCUCCGCUGCGCCCACUUAGCUGCUAUGGAUGUAUGCGGCUACUCGGACCCUUAUGUAAAAACCUACCUGAAGCCGGAUGAAGAGAAAAAAUCAAAGCAUAAAACAACUGUGAAAAAGAAAACUCUAAACCCGGAGUACAAUGAGGACUUUUUCUAUGAGAUUGAACAGUCAGAACUUGGCCAUAAAUCCUUGGAAAUCACCGUUUGGGAUUACGAUAUUGGGAAAUCAAAUGACUUCAUUGGUGGGGUGACCCUGGGAUUAGGGGCCAGUGGGGAGUGCCGGCAACACUGGCUCUCGUGCCUCCAGACUUCUGACUGCCGCCUGGAACAUUGGCACACCCUCACCAACGAGCUCCCAGAAUCCUCCACCUUUGGCCCUUGAGGCCCCCGUGAUCCCCAUAGAACAUCACCCUUCUAUCUUGCCUGCCUGCCAAAAAAAACCCACCGGAGGGGCCCAGCACCCAGAGGCCCCUCUUUUGCACGAGGAUGUUUGCACGUUUCAAAACUACUUGUCGUGGGGAACCAUUUAUGCUAUGCUCUAGAGAGGCACUUACUGUAGAUGGAAGGCCACGUGUGGGGGAUUGGGGGCAGAUGCAGAAGGGCUGGAGAGCAGGAGGCACCCAACGGGCAACCAUUGGAAUUGCUACAUAUCCCAAGCAAGCAUCAAAUGGGUGAAAUCAAAAAUAAUCCCUCUGCCCUUCCGGUCUUUUUCUCCCCCCUGCUCUUUGCUCUCACCUUGUAGCCUAAUAGUGGUUGUGAAACGCUUCUACUUUUGUACAAAUCAUUGCUGGCUGCAAAACAUAUUUUUUUAACCUUUCGAAAGGAACAAGCCGGUCAAAAGGAUGAAGUAAUUUUAUUUUAAAGUCCCCCAUAUUGGGUUUUUUCCCCUUAUUUUUUCCACAUGGGCUCUUGUUCCUCUUAACUUAGAAAUGUCAGAAGCAAUUAACUGUAGUAUUUCUGCACCAUAAAAAAAAGUAAUAAGCGUCUGCAUUGAUUUUCCAUAUGGCUCAGUUCUUCUAAUUAAGUUGCUGUCUUCAGAUGCAUGCUGGCUCAAGCUAUGCAUCUAUUUUUUAUUUCUGUGUCAAGCAAUCCUCUUUCACCCAGUCCAUUCUAUUGUUUCUAAAAGAGGGUCAGAGAAAACAACACUGUCCUCUUUAUUUGCUUUUAGUUCAGCGCUCUGCUUUUUCCUUCAUGUUGGCAAGCUAUUCAAAUCUGAAAAGAUUCUGGGCACAUUGAGAGUUGGGGAGGGGGAGACCAAAAAUGUCAAGCCUGAAAGGAGGGUAGAGAUAGAGGUUUAGAAUAGCACAUGGAGGAACGCAGAAUAAAGAACUGCAGUUUUGGGUGAAGUAUAAGUCUACCAACACAUUUGAAAUUCACAUGACCUUUUCUUGCGCCCCCAUUACAGUGCUGCCUCAGGCUUAAUUGGUGAUCGAUAACAUGUAUUUCUUACUUAUAUUUAUACCAUUAGUCUCUUUGAAUUUCAUCUUCGUAGUUUCAGGGAAGUUUUCCCUGUUUUAAUCGUAUCAUUCAGAAGACUUUAUAGAACUUGCAAGUUUAUUAAGGAUUUUAUCACUUUAUCAUUCCCAUUAAUAAACAUGGUUAGAAUUGGCAGCAUCAUAUCUCAUGUCUGCUUUACAGAGAGAUUUUUGAAGUUUCCCAGCCCUGAAUGCACCAAACAGCGGGAGCUCACCCACACUGAACACGUUUGCCAAUCUAAACACAAUAGGGGAGCAAUCACAGAAUUCCCAAGUGCCAUUAAGGUAGUAAACUGGGGGAAAUAAUUAAAAUUAGUAUGAAUCAGUCUCAAAUUUGACUUGCUGGUUUCAAUGUGCCACAUCUCAGGAGGCCGGGGGACUCUCUCAUUGUUUUAGUGAGUUCCUGAUAUUGUUCCAGCAAACUGGUUUUUUUCCCCUUUUUUUCUCCUAUGGAUCUCCUGACACCACAAUCACCCCCCAUGUUUUCUCAAAACAGUUUAGAGAACACCUGUCAACAGGCACUUCAUUCAGCCCACAGAAUCACGCUAGAAAUGCUCUCAUCCUCUGUAUCAAGUUUUCUGUAACUUUGCUUCAUACAAAUGGAUUGGGCAGGUAUUUUCUAACCGAUCAAGUGGCAAGCCCAAUAUUUCUUUCUCCUUCCCCUAAUAUAAUCUCUACAAUUCACUUACAUUUUUUGACUAUCUACUAUUCUUCUUAGAGCCUUUCCGUAAUUCUGUAUUUCUUCCUAAAAUGUUCAGCAAUUUCUUCAAUGCCAUUUUCCACGUAGCCACCUGGUUUUCUCAAUAUCUGCUACUUUUCUCUCUCUGGAAUUGCUUGCAAUUGUGCCUUUUUAGAUGUUCCUUGUUUAGAAUGUAAACACAGCUAGAUUGGCUAUGAUAUGUUUACAGAACAGGCUUGGGGCAAUCCUAACCUGGUUUGGGGAAGGAGUUUGUUAAAAUUAGCAAGAGUUGUAGGGUCUGACGUAUGUACAGAGUACAUUCUGCCUUCCUUUUAUCCUGAAGUGGUCUAUCAUAGGCAACCAAGCUGAUGAUUCAAGGCAGAAAUUAAUGUUAAAUGCAGAAAUUACCAUUUAGCUUAUUCUUAUUUUAAUCACUAUAUGAGGGGGAGGGUGGGGGAGAAUUACCACUUGAGUUUUCUUCCCGGGGACCAAAAUAUCUUGGACCCCCUCAAUUAAAACCACUCACUUCCUCUCUGGAACAGCCUAGCUGUUCACCAAGAGACACACUGUCCUCAAGUGACAAAUCUGUUUGCUUUGUAAGAUGUGAAUCAACUGAAAGAGAGGUAGUAUCUUCCAUCUGUGUUUAUACACAAUUGUUUCACAGCCAAGUAAAGUGAGCGCUUUCGUUUCUCUUAAAGCUGAUUCACCCAUGUGGCCUGAGAAAUAUUCUCUUCUUUCAACUGAUAAAAAGAUUAUUCUUUUUUUCCUUACAAUUUUUACUAGAGGACUCUUUCUUACUGUAUUCCCACCAGCAUUAAAUAUAUAUAUAUCUGUAGCAAAAAUAAUGAAGCACUGCAACAAGUAGCAACUUGUGGAGAAACCAUCUGGUAAAAUAAACUAAAAAUGCAAUUACAAAAUAUGGGAUGUUUUCAGCACAGCUAGAACUGUUGCAAGCAUUUUGAGGGUUUAACUGCAUUUAAGUUGGGUGAGAAGUGAUAGAUGUCCAAUUUGUAUGUGUAGUAGAAAAACUCCUGGUUAUUGCUCUCUUCCCAUAUGGACUAUGGGUGGUCCUCAAUUUACAACCACAAUUCAGCCCGGAACAUCUGUCACUAAGUGAAGUAGUUGUUAAGCAGGCAUUAAAACAAAUCACUGUGGUCAUUAAGUGAAUUACAUAGUUGUUAAGUGAAUCUGGCUUCCCUAUUGCUUGUUGCAAACUAACCAAAAAAGUUGCAAACAGUGGUCACGUGACUCUGGGACACGAACUGUCAUAAAUACCUGCCAGUUGCCAAGUGCCCAAAUUUUGAUCAUGUGACUGUGAUGGUUUUAAGUGGAAGGACCCGUUGUAAGUAAUUUUUUUUCAACACCGUAGUAACUUUUGAAUGGUCAAUAAACAAAUGGUUGUUAAGUCGAGGACCGCCUGUAGAUCUGAAGCAGGUUUUUUUUACAAUCCCUUGAAUUCUCGGGAACUUUGUUUUGCAGCAAGAGAUUUUAGCUCUACCUCGUCAACUGAUGUUAAUUAUUUCAAGUAGAUUUUUCUUUACCAGUGUGUAAAAUGAUGGC